UCACAACUUCUCAGCUCUCUCUCUCUCUCUCCUUUGUGUUUCAGUGCGUUCCUAUUCUUAUUCUCCAAAACCGGUUUCUGUUUUUUGUGUUUGUUAUUUUCUCUCAUUUUCUUGGCAACCAAACGUAAAACAAAGAAAAAAAAUCCAACCAACAUGUCAUUUGAACACUACUGUUACUAUCUCUUCUUUCUGCAACCUGGAUUUUCAACAAUACUUAGCUUCAAGGCUUUCCUAUGUGUCUUAAUGUUUAUAUUUGUGUUUUCUUUCUGGCUCUCACCCGGUGGUCUUGCUUGGGCUUUAUCAAAAACCCGAGUCCAUGUGGUUCAAACUCGAACCGCCAUUGCUGGCCCUUCUGGUUUGCCACUUCUUGGCUUGGUUUUCGCCUUCACUGGCUCUUUGACUCAUAGAGUUCUCAGUAACCUUGCUGAGACUUUUAAGGCCAAGUCAUUGAUGGCAUUCUCAGUGGGGUUCACUCGGUUCAUUAUCUCUAGCCACCCAGAUACAGCUAAAGAGAUUUUGAACAGCUCGGAUUUUGCUGAUAGACCUGUUAAGGAGUCAGCUUAUGAGCUUCUCUUCCAUAAGGCAAUGGGAUUUGCUCCGUUCGGGGAGUACUGGAGGAACCUGAGGAGAAUCUCAGCCACCUAUUUGUUCAGUCCCAAGAGAAUUGCUCAUUUUGGUGAGUUUCGGAGAAGAAUCGGGCUGAACAUGGUGGAUGAGAUAAAAGUCUUGAUGAAAGGGAAUGGUGAGGUUGAGGUAAGGAAAGUGUUGCAUUUUGGGUCAUUGAACAAUGUUAUGAUGAGUGUGUUUGGAAGGAGUUAUGAGUUUGGUGAUAAAGUGAGUGGAAAAAAUCAUGGGUGUGAGCUUGAGAGUUUGGUGAGUGAAGGGUAUGAGUUGCUAGGGGUGUUCAAUUGGAGUGAUCACUUUCCUCUUUUGGGUUGGUUGGAUUUGCAAGGAGUGAGGAAAAGAUGUAGGAAUUUAGUGGCAAAAGUGAAUGUUUUUGUUGGGAGGAUUAUAGAGGAGCAUAGGGCAAAGAGGGUUGAGAAUAAUGAAAUAGUAGUUGGGGUUGGGGAUGGUGGUGAUGAGAGCUCAGGUGAUUUUGUUGAUGUGUUGCUUGAUUUGGAGAAAGAGAAUAGGCUCAGUGACUCUGAUAUGAUUGCUGUUUUAUGGGAAAUGAUAUUCAGAGGGACUGACACAGUGGCAAUCCUCCUAGAGUGGAUUCUUGCAAGGAUGGUACUGCACCCAGAUAUCCAAGCCCAAGCCCAAUCAGAAAUCGAUACGGUGGUUGGAACAUCUCGAUUAGUCUCAGAUUCUGACCUCCCCAACCUCCCUUAUCUUCAUGCCAUAGUAAAAGAAACAUUAAGAAUGCACCCACCGGGUCCCUUGCUCUCUUGGGCUAGGCUUGCCAUCCAUGACACCCACAUAGGCCAAAACUUUAUCCCAGCAGGCACAACUGCCAUGGUGAACAUGUGGGCAAUCACUCAUGAUGAGCAAGUCUGGUCUGAGCCCAAUGAAUUCAAGCCAGAGAGGUUUAUGAAAGAAGAUGUAGCUAUUAUGGGGUCUGAUCUUAGGUUGGCUCCAUUUGGUUCUGGAAGAAGGGUCUGUCCUGGUAAGGCCAUGGGAAUAGCCACUGUUCAGCUUUGGCUUGCACAAUUACUCCAAAGCUUCAAAUGGAUUCCUUCUAAGCAUUGCAGUGUUGACGUUUCUGAGUGCCUGAAACUUUCACUGGAGAUGAAGAACUCCUUGGUCUGCAAGGCAGUUCCUAGGGUUGCUUGAAAUUAAUGAAUUUGAUGGCGGGUUUGCUAUUAAUUAUCAGCAUGAUGUCAUAUCCAUGUUUUUGCAGUCACUCUAUGGAGAGGACCUAAUAAGAUAGUUUACUUUUUAUGUUCUCUUAUCUGCAUAAUUUUGGUUUUGGGUUUUGUGUAGGGUUUCUGGUAUUAGCUUGAAAUGUUUUUAGUGUUUUUCGUUAAAAGGUGUUUACGGAUGGUUCUAUAUUAUCUAUGUUGGCAUGGAACUUUAAAUUUCAUGCCCUUGUAAACAGUUUUACCAUAAAUCAAUGCAUUGCCUGGUUGCCCUUUCAA